GUCCAAUUAAAAAGCCCAACAAGUAGAGUAAACCUCCUUCGCAAGCAGUCGAGUUCUCUAUAAUUUUCUCAUCUCUCGCUUUUCAGAAAAAAAAAUUUCUCACCUUAUUCGAAAUCUCGCUUCAGAACUUGUUCAACUUUCCAACAAUGGUGCUCGAGGCGACUAUGAUCUGUAUUGACAAUUCUGAAUGGAUGCGUAACGGUGAUUACACUCCUUCUCGAUUUCAAGCCCAAUCAGACGCUGUAAGUCUGAUUUGCGGUGCUAAAACUCAGUCUAAUCCUGAAAAUACGGUUGGAGUUCUCACCAUGGCGGGGAAGGGUGUUCGAGUUUUGGCUACUCCUACCAGUGAUUUGGGCAAAAUCUUAGCUUGUAUGCAUGGUCUAGAAAUAGGCGGUGAGAUGAACCUUGCUGCUGGCAUUCAGGUGGCACAGUUGGCUCUUAAGCAUCGGCAGAAUAAGAAGCAACAACAAAGGAUUAUUGUUUUUUCUGGAAGUCCUAUCAAUCAUGAAAAGAAAAUGUUGGAGAUGAUUGGGAGAAAGUUGAAAAAGAAUAGUGUUGCACUUGACAUUGUCAACUUCGGUGAAGAAGACGAGGGGAAGACAGAGAAGCUGGAAGCACUCCUUGCAGCCGUAAACAAUAAUGAUAGUAGCCACAUGGUUCAAGUUCCACCUGGUCCAAAUGCUCUUUCGGAUGUACUUAUAAGUACACCUAUAUUUACUGGUGACGGAGAAGGUGGAAGUGGUUUUGCAGCUGCUGCUGCAGCAGCAUCUGCAGGGGGUGUGUCUGGGUAUGAUUUUGGUGUGGAUCCAAACUUGGACCCUGAAUUGGCUCUUGCUCUACGAGUUUCAAUGGAAGAGGAGAGAGCAAGGCAGGAAGCAGCUGCGAAAAAGGCUGCAGAGGAUGCUUCCAAACAGGAGAAAGGUGGUGAUCAGCAAGCUAUUUCCCAGGAUGCAACGAUGACUGAGCGAACCAGUACAGAAGCUGAGACAAAUGAUAUGAUGGACGAUGAGAAUGCUCUACUACAGCAGGCCCUUGCAAUGUCAAUGGAUGAUGCUGUAGUUAACCAUGAUGUAAGAGAUGCAGAUAUGUCUGAAGCUGCUACAGAUGAUGUUGACUUGGCUCGAGCUCUCCAAUUGUCACAAACCCCCGCAAGCCUCGCCGCGGACCCAGUGGGGAGAUUGUUGGCAGAUCAGUCCUUUGUAUCUUCUGUCCUUGCAUCGCUUCCUGGGGUUGACCCAAAUGACCCAUCUGUCAAGGAUUUACUGGCUUCCAUGCAAAAUCAGUCUGAGUCUCACAAGAAGAAUGAAGAGGAGCGGCCAAAUGAGGAGUCAGAUUAAGUCAUUUUGCAGUUCUUAUUUCUGUUCCUUUGACAGAGAUAUAUUGGUAAUGGUAACAUUUUGAAAGGUGGUUCUAGUCGGGACAUUACUUCACAUGUACUGCAGUUAUGAAUUUCUCCAGCUUAUUGGAUCAGAUCUAUGUCUCUUGAUUAGGUUAGAAGCCUGCUGUCAAUGAGGGAACUAAGCUGAGAACAUGCAUAUACAUUGUUUUAUGGUGAAGAAUAUUCCAUUGAUGUUAGUCAAUGUCAUUACAAAAGUAUAUUAAUCCAUUUAUUUUUAUUUU